AGCGAGAUGAAUGUACAAACUAAAAGAGGGAAAAGAAAGAGUGGGGGAGGAAUAUGGGUUAUGGAGACGGAGGAGAAAACAGAGAAGUUGAAGGGGGAGUAAAAGAAAAGAGGUAGAAAGAUUGGGAAAGGAGAGAGAGAGAGAGAGAGAGAGAGAGAGAGAUGGGGGCAUGGAUGUCAAGAGAGGAGGAGGUUGAGAAGAAGCGCAUCUUCAUCCUGGCGGGACAGAGCAACAUGGCUGGAAGGGGUGGUGUGGAGGCAUCAAAAUGGGACAGGGUGGUUCCCUCAGAGUGCCGAUCGGACCCCCUCAUCCUCCGCCUCAACUCUGGCCUCUGCUGGGAACUCGCGAAGGAGCCCCUUCACAGAGACAUCGACACCUCCAAGACCUGCGGUGUCGGCCCUGCCAUGUCCUUCGCCCAUGCUCUGCUCAAUUCCUCCUCGCCUUCUCCUUCACGUGUGCCCAUUGGGCUUGUGCCCUGUGCUAUAGGGGGAACUGCUAUUCAGCAGUGGGAGAGGGGGAGUCAUCUUUAUAAGGCAAUGAUAAGCAGGGCGAAGGCAGCGGCGCGAGGGUCGGCAAUAGAGGGGAUUCUAUGGUACCAGGGGGAGAGUGAUACUGAGUCUCGCCAGGCAGCCGAGGCUUAUGGAAGAAAGAUGGAGAGUUUUGUGAGGGAUGUGAGGUUGGAUCUUCAGCUCCCUAAUCUCCCCAUCAUUCAGGUGGCUCUAGCAUCAGGGACUGAACCAUACAUGGAUAUUGUGAGAGAAGCUCAGUUGGGGAUGCACCUUCCCCAUGUAUUUUGUGUGGAUGCAAAGGGACUCCAACUCAAGAAAGACAACCUCCACCUUACCACCCCAUCACAAGUGCAGUUGGGUAAGAUGUUGGCUGAUGCAUACCUAAAUCACUGUGUUUUUUUGACCAUAUUAGACCACCACACAUCUUGGUUAUGUGAAUCCCAUAUGAUUUGUAGAAGGCUGAGGCCCUAACAAUCAAAGUAAGGCACACCUUCAAAUCGUGUCAAAAGGUGUUGUUUCAGUAAUAGAAAUCUUUGUGACGCCUCCAAAA